AUGUACGUACCCUACGAGAGGGAGCUCCUCCCCCAUCUCUCCCUCCUCUUGGACCAAGCCCUGCAAUCCGGCAACCCCAGAGCCGCCGCCCCCCUCCACGCCCGCCUGCUGAAGGCGGGCCUCCUUGCCCGCUUCCACGCGAGGCUCUUCUUGUGCUACGCCGUCGCUUCCGGCCGACGGAACUUGCUCUCCUUGCACCGCCUCCUCGGCGGCGCUCCCCCAGAUGCCGCUGCCGGUUGCUUUCAGUGGAAUGCCGCCGUCUCCUCUUUGGUGCGACGAGGGCUCCCAUCUCUCGCCGCGCGGGCUUUCUCUGUCAUGCACGGGCUGGGCCUUCCUCUCUGCAGCUACGCUCUCUGCAGCGCCAUCGCGGCCGCGGUCGCCGCCGCCGAGGAGGCGGCAGCGCUGGGGAUGCAGGCCCAUGCGUACACUGUCAAGUCUGGCUGGGCCUCGGCGGUCUUCGUCGGCGGCGCCCUGGUGAACCUCUACGUUAAGCUCGGCGGCAUGGGUGACGCGCGCAAAAUGUUCGACGAAAUCCCCCUGAAGAACGCCACCUGCGCCAACACCCUUCUGAUGGGCUAUGUCAAUGCGAAGCUCUGGCCGGAGAGUCUGGCCUUGGUGCGAGAGAUGCUGGCGGCGGGCCCGCCGCCUGACGACUUCACGCUUUCGGCGGCGCUGAGGAUGUUCGCGGAGAUGCCGGCCGCCGGACUAGGAAAGCAGGUCCACGCGCAUCUGCUCCGCCGGGGACAGCCCAUCGAAGAAGAUGCCCUCCUCCUCAGCUUGCUGGUGGAGAUGUACGGCAACUGCGGGCGCGUGGGGGAAGCCCGGCGGGUGUUCGAGACGGCCGGCGGCCGAGUCGCCGAAGCGGAACGGGGCGCGAGGGACGUGGUGCUGUGGACCUCCAUGCUCAACGCCCACAGCAGGAACGGGCAGUUCCCCGACGUCGCCAGGACCUUCGACGAGAUGCUGGCGGAGGGAACGCCGCCGGACGGGGUGGCCUUCGUGGCGGUCCUCUCGGCCUGCAGCCGCACGGCGGACCUCGCCGGAGGCCUGGCCUACUUCCAGUCCAUGACAGAGGAUCAUCGGAUAUCUCCAUGGCCGGAGCACUACGGCUGCGUGGUCCACCUCCUCUGCAUGGCCGGGGAGACGAAGAAAGCUUGGGAGCUGGCGGAGGGUGGCGGCACCGCCGGCGGCGUCCGGGUCUGGGGGGCUCUGCUCGCCGCCUGCAGCGAGCUCGGGGAUGUGGAGAUGGGGAAGAGAGCCGCCCGGAGGGCCCUGGAGGAGGACCCCGGCAACGUGGGGGUAUACGUCGAGCUCUGCAACCUCUACGCCAGGCAGGGGAUGUGGGGGGAGAUCGAGCUCCUGAGGAAGGAGAUGAACCAGAGGGGUUUGAAGAAGGAAGUGGGGUCCAGCUGGCUGGAGCAGAGGCCCUACAGCGCCACACCGGACCUUUAUAAGCUGCCAUUGUGA